AUAUUUUGUGAUGCCUGCAUUUAGCAAGUCUUAAAUCCCUCGAGCGGCAAGCCGAUCAGCAACUUUCGAUUUCAGCCUUUCGCUGACUCCCAUUUUUCUGCUUUCUAUUUGUUUAAACGUUACCAAGUAUACAAGCCAAACUCUAAACUAGCUUGUUUGCCUCGAAUCGUCGCGGGCGUGCGUCACCGACCUCGUCGCACCCCAGGCCUGCUGGCCUCCGUGCGCAGGAAUUGUUCGAGAGCAAAUUGCGUCGGAACUCUGACUUGCCGCAAAUGUUCAGCAACUCUUCCGGGGCCCGUCGGCCCAGAUAAACGAGGCGACUUCUCUUGAAGGCUUCGCUGCCCGGUUGGCCGGCACAUCCGAGCCACACCCCACAGGCCCCGGCACGCAGCUGGGGACCUCGCAGCUACCGCGCACAAACCGUGCCGGUCGUUAGGAUGAGCCUUCACCCCUUCCCCAUGGCGCCCCACGCGCAAGAGGGGGCCCCCGUCCUCUCCAUCGCCAGCGCCGCCGGUGCCAGCUCGACGCGUGCCAGCCCGUUCGGCCGCGGCGCGGGCGCUACCCCUGCCCCCGCACCCGCCACCAGCACCACGACUUCCCUUGGGGGCGUGACCCUGUCGGUGGUGUCUGACCUGCAUCUGGAGGCUCGGCCGCUGGAGCUGGAUGAAGUGAUCGACCCCGAACUGAAAGCAGACGUGCUGUGCCUCCUGGGCGACAUCGGCGACCCCACCACCGACACCUACCGCACCUUCCUGGCACAGUGCGCCGCGCGAUUCCCCACCGUGCUGCUGCUGGCCGGCAACAAUGAGUACCGCAACCACCACAGCAGCCACAACAGCCACAGCGCGCACGGCACGGGUGCGGGCGGUGCCGUCGCGGGCGCCGGCAGCGGGACCAGCAGUGGCGGCCACCGCCGCAAGCCCAGCGGCUCGGUCAUGCCGCCGCCCAGCCUGGGCACCGUGGCCGAGGGCGGUGACGGCUCCAGGAGCACAUCGACCUCAGCCUCCGCGACCAACACCGCCACCUCCAGCCUGCUAGCGGCCACCCGUGGGGACGCCACGCCCGGGGCAGGCACGGCGCCGCACGGCCACGGCCACCACGGCCACAGCCACCAUCACCAUCACCACCACCAUCACCAUAGCCGGACCAUGGCGGAGACGGAGGCGCUCAUUCGUGAGGCGGCGGCGGCGGCCGGGCCCAACGUCCACUUCUUGCAGAACAGCGGCCAUGUGGUCGGGCACCUCGCUUUCCUGGGCACCACCCUCUGGAGCCACAUCCCCGACACGCCGCUGCCAGAGGCCGAGCAGGUGGCGGCGGCGGCCGCGGCGCUGAAGGCGCGGCAGGAGAUGCAGGUGCAGCAGGCCGUGGGCGCGGCGCUGGCGGCGGGCAAGGGGCUACAGGCCGCGGCGGCGGCGGUGACGGCAGCGGAUGCAGCGCGGCGGCAGCAGCAGCUACCGAAGCCGCUGCAGCUGGUGCAGGUGCCGCCGGUGGCAGCCUCCGUCGCGGGGCAAGCUCCGGCUCUCGCGGCGGUGUCAGGCCCCGCUCCGGCUGCGCCCGCUGCGGCUGCUGCUGCGCCGUCGGGUGCCAGCCCCACAGCGCCCUCGCCGUCCUUCUCGCGCGCACCCGCCCUGGCGGGGAGCAGCCCCGUCGCCGCCUCGCCUUUUUCGCCGCGUGCGCCUGCGCGCACGGGCGGCAGCAGCAAGACCGCUGCGUCGCCCUUCUCGGCGCGGGCACCGGCCCCUGCUGUCGCUGCUGCCGCCACUGCUUCGGCGGCGGACAAGCCGGAUGGCCCGGCGUUGCCUCGAUCUUCCACAAUGGCUGCGGGCAUAGCGGCUGGCGGCAGGUCGGCCGGCCCCGCCCUGCCCCGCUGCGCCACCCUGGCUCCCUCGCCCUUCAAGCCCACAGCACCCGCCUCCAGCCCCGCCGCCACGCCCGUGGUGCCACGUAAGAAGGCCGCGAUGUACGGCAGUCUGCCCAAGGGCCUCGGCUCCGGCAUGCACCAUGACCUGCCCAGCGCCGGCGACAGCGGCUCUUCGGCUACCGGCGAGUCCGGCUGCCCCUACUACGCCCCAGCCGCUGUUGGUGGCUGCAACACCGCAGCGGCUGCUGCGGGUGGCGCCGCCGCAGGUGCUGGCGGCGGCGCUGGUCACGGCGGCAUGGGGCCCUGCGUGCGGCGCCGGCUGCUGCUGCGCCGCAGCGUGUCGCUGGCGGCGCUGCCGCCGGACGCGCCGUGCCCCUCCGUCACCAAAGUGCUGGAGGCCGCGGCGAUGGCAGUAGCCGCCACCGGGUCCUGGCGCACCGACGGCUCCUCGGACGUGUCCGGCGGCAGUAGCACCGGCGACAGCAGCGGCAGCGAGACGGAGGCCAGCAGCGGCAGCGAUUCGGGCAGCGAUGCCGGUGGGGACGGCGAGGGCGAGGGCUAUGACGGCAUGGCACCCAGCAGCGGUCGCGCCAGCAGCAGCGGCGUCGGCUCUAGCCCUGAGGGCGUCGCGGCCGCCGCCACAUCAGCAGCCGCGACUGCGGCGGCCGAGGCGGCGACGGCAGCGGCGGCAUCCAUGGAGGCAUCCAUAGCGGCCAAGGUGGCGGUGGCCGCGGCCCAGGGUGAGGAGGCGGCGGUGGACGCGCACCUCAAGUCGCUGACGCCCGCGCCGCGCCUCGCGAGCUCGCCACCCGUGGCUGUGCCCCCCUCUCGCGGCGGCCCUGCCACCAGCACCGCCGCCGCGGCCUCCCCAGCAACGCACCAUCGCAGCCGCCGCGUGUCGCACAGCCGCGCCGCAGGUGAAGCCGUCGGCGCCGCCAUUCCGCCGGAGGAGCUGCCGCCGCCGCCCUCCACGGUCCGCGAGUUCAUCGCCGCUACGUCGCUGGACUACCGCCGCAUCCGCAUCGACGCGCCCGGCCGGCCGCUGCUGACGCCGGACGACACCAACGCGCUGUUUGCGGCGUCGGUGGUGUGGCUGAAGGAGGCGGUGGCGGAGGCGCGCGCGGCGGGCCUGACGCCCAUCGUGCUCAGCCACCACGCGCCGUCGCUGCGCGGCACGUCGCACCCGCGCUUCGCGGGCCACCCCUCCACGCACGCCUACGGCAGCGACCUCGAGCCGCUGCUGCAGGAGCUGGCGGUGGCGGCGGCGGCGGCGGGCACUGGGAAUGGUGCUGGCGGCGCGGCGGCGGCGGCGCAGGCAGAGGUGGCUGGGGAGCUGGGCGCUGGCGUGGAGGUGUGGUACUGCGGCCACACGCACUACAACUUCGACAUGGAGCUAGCGGGCGGGGUGCGCCUGGCCAGCAACCAGUUCGGCUCACAGCCGAAGCCGGCACCUGGCUACAGCCGCACCUGGCAGCACGUGCUACAGCCCACCGAGCGCAACGCCGCCUGGCAGCGGGGCGGCCGCGACACCGCCGCGCUGUCCUUCCUGUCGCUGCCCGGCAGCACCAGCUCCGCCGCACUCAGCGGCAGCCUCUUUGGCAGCUCCGCCGCGCAGGGGCGGUCCCUGCUGGCGUCGCCGGGUGGCUCGGGCGCGGACACACCCGCGGGCGGUGCCUUGCAUCCCGCCCCCAGGUCGCGGGGUGCGGCAAUGCCCGGCAGCAGCCUGCUCGCAGCCAUCUUCGGCCGCAGCACCGGCGGCGGCACAAAGGAGGCAUCGGCAGCAGCAGCCGCCCACCACGCGCCCUCCUCCGGCGGUGGCGCGGCCAGCAACAGCGGCGGCGGCGGCGGCGGCAUGGCGGCGGGCGUGCAUUCGUUCGUGUCGUCGCUGCUGCGGCCGGGCGUGGGCGGCCGCUCGCCGGCGUCCGCGGCCUCGGGCGCCUCCACGCUCCGCACCAGCCCCAACAGCGCCGUGCUGCGGGAAGGACUGGCGGCGGACGCGGCCGCCGUGGCCGCGGCCCUGUCUGCAGGCGGCAACCUCGGCCAGGGGGGUCAGGGGUACACUGGCUACGCGCACGGCUACGGCAGCUCGUCUUCCAACUCGACUUCGUCGCGGGGCUCACACCACCUCGCCAAGUCGACCGCAGCGGACGAGGCGGCGGCGGUGGCGGCGGUCGGGCACCUGGCCUGGGUGCGCCACGGCGCCGCCGGGGCCGGAGGCUUCUUUGCUAGUGCCCUUGGUGACGGAGGCGGCGGCAGCGGCGGCAUCCACGCCAGCAGGCCGCCGCGGUCGCCGGCUGUGAACGGCGCCUCGCCCCAGGACCUCGCCGGCCUCGUGGGCGGCAUGUAAACUCAAAGAAGUAGGGUAGGCGUUUUUGCAUUGCAUAUCGGUACAAUCUCAUCCCAAGUUUCAUUUGGCCCCAGAGCCACGAGAAUUCUAGCAUCAUGCAGUUUGCACGUGUUGGUGGCUGGUUUGGCGGGCUGACCAGGGCAAAUGCCAUAUUAGGCAGUUCCUGAAGCUUUUUGUUUGUCAGCUGUGGAUGCUCAUCGGUUGCGGGAGUUGAAUUGUUAGAGCGUAAUACGGCCGGUUGCAAGCGACACCCUUCCAGACAAGCUGUGCAUUGUCCUAGCGAAGGACCAGCGCCUUCGGUUCGUUUGCUUUGACCAUGCGCGGAAGAAUACAUUUGAGCGCGUUAGGGCGGGUUGGAAGGCGUGGGAGCGCCCGGACAACGCCUUGUUGUAGGCCGUGUGCGGUGUGCAGUUGGUUGGCGCUUAGUUGGACGGCACUCGGCACGGCGCCGGUACCAGAGAUACGUGUAGCUAAGGAUUGCUUGCCGCAGGCUCUCCGAGUACCGUAACUAGCAUUAGCUCCAAGUACCGUACAGCAUUGAGAUUUGAGGGAGGGGCGUAGCAACGCAUUACGACACACGGGCUGUCACUCGCGCGGGUAGAGUCAGGCCACACGGUGUCCUACAGGGAUGCGGGGCACGGGGUCAGAUGCGCACUGAUUUCCGGGUAAUUGUAGGAAUGUAGGAUUAGAACUCGGGAUUUUGAGCUGUGUUGACAGCCUGAGAAGGAACAGAGUUUUGGAGUUGGAGUGUCAAGAACGGGCAGGGACGUGACAUCGCAGGGAUUGGUGGCCUGGCAUUUACUGCGGUAGUGUCCAGAAGGUGGGUAUAAUACACGGUGUGGUGUUGGGUGGGCUAUGCGCGUGCGUAGUCGUUGUAAUUCGCAAGCGCUGUUGACUCCGCUGCACUCCUGGUCUGCCGUCAACACUCAACUGUCUUCAUUGCUGCAGCACUGCAGCCCCCUGCUCAGCUGGUAGCUGAUGGAGUUGCCCUCUGCUGCGCAACAUGCGUCGUGGCGAGACGUGCAGGGAAUGAGGGAAGCACCCACCGGAAGAUAGGGAACGAGACGGAGCUCUGUGUUUACCACUGCAGUCAGACAUCAAGAGCACGGGCAAGAUUGUAAGGUUAAGAGAGA